AUGUAUACCCUUAGCAACAUUCUGAAGAUUUUCUUAUCAAUCUUACUGCUCUUCUCAUUGACAGCAACUAAACCCAUUUUUGCAAAAAAAAUCCACAAUGUCGUCUCAAAAUCAUCUGCUCUAUCACCAUUACAAGUUCAUGAUGAAGAUCUUCAGGUUGCACAAUUCAACUGUCAAGGAACUCUCCAUACACAGCUCUGCGUUUCGACUCUAAAUUCUCUUUUUUCUGGAAACCUUAAAAGAAAAUCUACAACUGAAAUUGUGUCAGGACUUGUUAGCCAUAUCGUGGACAUGGUGGAGAUUUCGUCAUCCGAAUGUAGAGGUAUAAAGAGAGAAGGAGGAUUUGGUAGAAGAGAAAAGAUGGCAUUAGAUCAAUGUCUUGAACUAGCUGAAGACACCAUCCUUGAUCUUAACCACGUGUUAGUAAUUCUGAAAUCUGAAGUCAUGUCUAUAGAGAGGUACAAACAUUUGAACACAUUACUAAGUUUUGCUAUGACCAAUCAAGGGACUUGUCUUGAAGAGUUUGUCCUAAGCGAUGGAAUAAGUAGAAGAAAAAUUGAAGAAAAGCUUCACCAAAUAUCAAAUCUAGUAUCCAUAUCUUUAGAUAUGUUGGAGAAGAUUCCAAAAGAGAAGAAGAAGAAGAAGAAAGUGAAGGAUGAUCAUAGAGCUUUUCAAGAAAUGGGCUUUCCAUCAUGGAUUACAAACAAAGAUAAAAGAUUGGUUCAAUCUAGUGAAAUGGUUUACGAUCUUGUGGUAGCACAAGACGGAAGUGGCAAUUAUACCACGAUUGCUCAAGCAGUAGAAGCUGCCCCCGAAUCGUCGAACAAAAGAUUCAUCAUUUACAUUAAAGAGGGUGUAUACCGUGAAAACGUACAAGUCGCAAGGAAGAAAACUAUGCUAAUGUUUGUGGGCGACGGUAUUGGCAAAACCAUAGUCAUAUCAAAUAGAAGCGUCAAAGAUCUUUGGACCCUUGCGGGAUCAUCAACCGUUGUUUCAGAUGGAUGCAGGAGCGUAGGAACUGGUGGUGAUGAUUUACAAGCUUUGGUGCUACUGAAGCAACAGAGGAUGCAGCUAGAAUGUGGUUCAGGGAAAGAUAUUGCAGGAAUGGAGAGUGUGAUGGUGUUUGAAGUUGUUAUGAUACUGCAAUACAAGAUGGAGUUGAUGGUGGUGCAGUGA